UGGAGGCCGCAGUUCAGGAGCCCAGGCCUGGGACAAUGGUGUGCAUUCCCUGCAUCGUCAUUCCGGUUCUGCUCUGGGUCUACAAAAAGUUCCUGGAGCUGUAUAUAUACCCUCUGAUCUCCCCCUUUGUUAGUCGCAUGUGGCCUAGGAAAGCUAUACAAGAAUCCAAUGAUAAAAACAAAGGCAAAGUAGACUAUAAGGGUGCAGACAUAAAUGGAUUACCAACAAGAGGAUCAACAGAAAUCUCUGAUAAAAAGAAAGACUAAAGUGAUUGUCCCGAAGGGAAGGAUCUCAUUGUUUCAAAAAUGGACCUGAUAACAUGAAGCACCUUCUUUGUAGUUGUCUCUGAUCUUUUUCCCUGAGACCAAAAUUUGGGUUAGAUAGUUUAGAUAUUUACCUGACACUAAUCAGGAAAUAACCUGGUAUUUGUACUUAAAAUAUAUGUAGAUAUUUAAUGACCUCAUUCCUGAGUUCCUUUUUCAUUAAAGUAGCUUUCAUUGCUUUUAUUGCAGUUUUAAAAAUGUGAAUAAAUAGAAGGUCUGUGCCAGUAGACACUGUUACUAAAUCAAUACCUAAAAAUCCUUGGGCCUCUAGCUUCUAUUCACGCUCUUCAAAGUUGAGGAGUAUAAUUUUACUGUGAACAGUGCAGUGACACUGCAAUGAAAUGACAGGUAGUUUUUGGAGGUGAUAGUGACUUGAAACGUAAGGAUGUAAUCACUGUCCAACUCAGUGGAGCAGCUUAUCUACGAGAGGAGUAAUUACUGUUUAUUGCUCUGAGGGAGAUAGAAUAAGACAGGGAAAUGGGGAGACCUCUCUGAAAAAUGGAAUAUCUUUUGCAUAAAUGUCUAAUGUAUAUUAUAAAAUUCUAAUCCUUGUCACAUUCCUUCUAUUCCUACGAUGUAUUAAAUACUCGGUUUAAAAAAAAAAAAGAUUGCCCCUGACCACUAAGUACAAGAAGGCUGUGAUGUCCUCACAGAGAAAAUAUGUGUGUUAGGUAAACUUCUUUCAAGUGUGAGUUACAGUGCUAUUGGUCAUGA